CUUCAACUACAGUAUAGAGAAUGCCAAGAACUUCUAAGCCUCUAUCAGAAAUAUCUAUCAGAACAGCAGGAGAAGCUCACCAUGUCACUCUCAGAACUUGGUGCUGCUAGAAUGCAGGAACAGCAGGUAUCAAAUAGGAAAAGCACUCUCCAGUCUUCAUCUAUGGAACUGGAUGGUUCCUAUUUGAGUGUUGCCAGACCACAAACCUACUAUCAAACCAAGCAGAGACCUAAGUCUGCAAAUCAGGAUUCAGCUUCAGAAUCCUUUACGGAGUUUAGGAAUAAUUCUUUGAAACCAAUAACCCUUCUUCAUUCCAAAGAGGGUCUAAAUAGGGUGCCAUCAGAGACCAGAACAUGUAAUUAUGAAUCUCCAGGGAGAAAACCAAUGGAUGCAGUCCCAACAGAAAAAGUUCUACCAGAAGAACUGAAGAUGAAGGAAUGUCCACACCUUAAGCCUAGUCUAACUAGUCAGUGUUGUGGUCAUAGACUUUCUGAAGAUGUAGCUCAUGUUAAUGAGAGCCAUCCUACAAACAUAGCCCCUCAACAUCCUAAGACACAUGCAGAAUCCUGCAGUUAUUGUGGCCUUUCUUGGACAUCUCUGAUGCAUGGUGGAAGGACACCGCAACCCAGUGAAACUAAUGUCAAAAAGCAGCUCUCAGAAGAUAGGAGGCAGCAACUGAUGCUUCAGAAAAUGGAGCUGGAAAUUGAAAAGGAACGCCUUCAGCAUCUGCUGGCCCAGCAGGAGACAAAGCUUCUCCUAAAGCAGCAGCAGCUUCACCAGUCUCGACUGGAUUAUAAUUGGUUAAGAACUCAAGCUGUGUUUAAAUCCAGAGAACUAGUUGCUGACAAAGAGCUCAUGAAAGCCCGAGAACUCAAUCUGGAUAUGAAUGGGAGUGACUGUGUACCAAGUUUAUUUAAGUCAAAAUGCAAUGGCUGGCUGCUUGGAACAUCACCAUCCAUUAAAAAGCACCAAGACUCCCCAAAUAGUGGAGAGAACGGGAAGGAGAAGAAGAUAGUUGGGUUUCAGUCACAUACGGAAGAUGAUGCCCUGGGGACGUGUCAGAAGAAAGAUACAUAUAGAUCCCCAAAAGAAACAUUGGAGGGAGUAGAGAAAGAUGUCAGUACACAGAAAAGGUCUAACUCUUGUCCUAGGCAGCCCAUCUCUGCUGGAUUUCUUGCAUUCUAAUGUUCUAGUCGACUGACCCUUUUGUGUCUGGGUUGUGUGUCUUACAGGUAUGAGACAUCUCUGCUGGAUUUGGUUCAGUCUCUGAGCCCAAAGUCGGCUCCUAAACCUCAGCCCCACCCCUCCAGAGAAGCUGGGGCCUGGAAUCGCAGUACUUUCCGACACAGUCCUCCAAAAUCCAUCUGGAAGAAGAUUGGGAUGUGCAGGACCCCUGAAGACCUAGAGGAGAAUCAAAUUCUGGAAGAUAUAUUUUUCAUUUGA